AGAGCCUGGGAGAGGAUGCAUCAGUGUAAGCGAUACCGCUCCCCUGAGCCACACCCGUACCUGAGCUACCGAUGGAAUAGAAGGAGGUCUUACAGUCGGGAGCACGAAGGGAGACUGCGAUACCCAUCUCGAUGGGAGCCUCCACCCCGGAGAUCUCGGUCCAGAAGCCAUGACCGCUUACCCUCCCAGAGGCGGUACCGGGAGCGCCGUGAUAGCGGCACAUACCGAUGUGAAGAGCGGAGCCCAUCUUUUGGAGAGGACUGCUAUGGAUCUUCACGGUCCCAUCAACGUUCCCGGGAUUGGGAGCUGUACCGGACUCGCAAACAUGCCCGCCAUUGCCAUUGCCAUUGCCACAGACGCCGCCCCAGGGCUGGUAGCAGUGCCUCCUCGAGAAGCCAACAGAGCAGUAACUGCAGCCGCCGGAGCGUGGAAGAUGACAAGGAGGGCCACCUGGUGUGCCGGGUGGGCGAUUGGCUCCAAGAGCGAUAUGAGAUUGUGGGGGACCUGGGCAAAGGCACCUUUGGCAAGGUGGUGGAGUGCUUGGACCAUGCCAGAGGGAAGUCUCAGGUUGCCCUGAAGAUCAUUCGCAACGUGGACAAGUACCGGAAGGCUGCCCGACUAGAAAUCAAUGUUCUCCAAAAAAUCAAGGAAAAGGACAAAGAGAACCAGUUCUUGUGCGUCUUGAUGUACGACUGGUUUAACUUCCACGGUCAUAUGUGCAUCGCCUUUGAGCUCCUGGGCAAGAACACCUUUGAGUUCCUGAAGGAGAAUCAUUUCCAGCCUUACCCCCUACCACAUGUCCGGCACAUGGCCCACCAGCUCUGCCACGCCCUGAGAUUCCUACAUGAGAACCGACUGACCCACACAGACUUGAAGCCAGAGAACAUCCUGUUUGUCAAUUCUGAGUUCGAAACGCUCUACAAUGAGCACACAGGCUGUGAGGAGAGGUCAGUGAAGGACUCCAGCAUCCGAGUUGCUGACUUCGGCGGUGCUACCUUUGACCACGAGCAUCACACAACCAUUGUGGCCACUCGUUGUUACCGCCCACCUGAGGUGAUCCUUGAGCUGGGCUGGGCCCAGCCCUGUGACGUCUGGAGCAUUGGCUGCAUUCUCUUCGAGUAUUACCGGGGCUUCGUACUUUUCCAGACCCACGAAAACCGAGAGCAUUUGGUGAUGAUGGAGAAGAUCCUGGGACCCAUCCCAUCACACAUGAUCCACCGUACCAGGAAGCAGAAAUAUUUUUACAAAGGGGCCCUGGUCUGGGAUGAGAACAGCUCUGAUGGCCAGUAUGUGAUGGAGAACUACAAACCUCUGGAGAGUUACAUGCUCCAAGACUCCCUGGAGCACGUGCAGCUGUUUGACCUGAUGAGGAGGAUGUUAGAGAUUGACCCUGCCCAGCGCAUCACACUGGCGGAGGCCCUGCUGCACCCCUUCUUUGCUGGCCUCACCCCUGACGAGCGGUCCUUCCACACCAGCCACAACCCCAGCUUAUGA